ACCCCGGAGCUGUGCCCCCCGAUGCGCGGGCGGGGCUCUGGGGGCGGCGCUGGCGCUGCUGGGGCUGGGCUGGGCCGCGCUGCUGGCGCUGGGCAUCGGCAAACACCAGGAGCUGCGGGCGGAGCUGGAGCUGCUGAAGGAGAAUUUCUCAGGAAUUUGGGAUUCCGUGCUGCAGGAUCAGACCCGGCUGCGUUUCGGGAUCCGGCAGCACCAGCUGGAGCAGCAGGAGCUGGCAGAGCUGCUGUGCCGGGCCCUGGGCAGCUCGCGGCGCUGCGGGCCGGGCUGGCAGCAGCACGGCUCCUCCUGCUAUUCCUUCUCGCGGGACGCGCUCAGCUGGGGCCGCGCCCGCAACGCCUGCGCCGACCUGGGCGCGCAGCUGGCCGUGGUCAACGACGAGGAGGAGCAGGUUUUCCUGCUGGAGAACAGCAACCGCAGCAGCUCCUACUGGCUGGGGCUGACGGACGUGGAGCAGGAGGGGAAAUGGCGCUGGGUCACCGGCCAGGAGCCCCAGUACAUCUUUUGGGACGUGUGGCUGAAGGAGGAGCAGCAGGAGCUGAAGGACUGCGGCGCCCUGGGCCCCAAGGGGCGCUGGGUGAGCGCGCUGUGCUCGCAGCCGCUGCGCUGGAUCUGCGAGAGACCCAACAACUGCUGA